AUGGAUGUCGGCGGUCUCUUGAGCCCGGAGAGCCUGGUGCUGUCGUUCGGCGCCAACACGAAGGCCCAGCUGGCGGCCCGCACCGUCUUCACGCUGACGCACCGGCACGCGGACAUACUGCGCGACGGCUGGCGCAACCUGCUGGACUGUCUGCUGCAGCUUGGUCACCCGGAGCUGCUCGUCACCGAGUCCAAGUUCCUGCGCAUGGACUCGCUGCACGAGCUGGUCAAGGCCCUGAUCCUGGCCAGCCACGGCCCGGACGGCCCCGCGCAGGGCUCCAGCUUCGACGAGGACUCGGCCUCGUUCUUCCUCGAGAUCCUCAUCAAGGUGGUCAUCCAGAACCGUCGGUGCGCAACCACAUUCUACUCGGUGGUGAUGUCGGCGUCGGCAUCACACCACAGCCAGCUGAUGGAGCGCGGCAUGGUGGGCCUCAUCAGACUGGUCAUCCGGCUGGUGCGGCGCGAGGAGCUCACCUGCCAGGUGCUGCAGUCGCUGCGCAUGCUGCUGCUGCUGCGCGGCAGCUGCUUGCAGCAGGUGAGCCGGCAGGCGACAGCCGGCCUGCACCAGCUGCUGCGGACGGCCGCCGGCUCGGUGACGGCCGCCGCCGACUGGGCCGUGCUCUUCACGCUGCUGGAGUGCGUGGGCGCCGGCGCCCGGCCGCCGGCCGUGGUGGCUGGCGAGGCGGUGCCGGCGGAGGCGCAAGCCGUCUCCGACACGGAGCAGGUGGCCAGCGACGGCACGCAAGACUCGGGUAACGCGUCGGACAAGUGCUACAGCGACUCGGAGCUCUACGAGCCAAGAGGUCAGCAGCCGGGCCUCCGGCCGCAGGGAGCACCAUUCCACAGCAUGUCGGAGCUGUCGGGUCGCGUGGCCUCCGAGCAGACCCGGCCCGCCGGCACCGGCGGCUGGAUCCUGGUGGGCCGCGAGGGUGAGAUCGAGCCGCUGCAGAUGCGCGCACUGCCCGUCAACCAGUUCAACAUCACGCACGACCGGGAGGUGCUCUUCCACGACCCGGUGUCGUUCGCCAAGGCGGCCGACAGUCUGGCCUUCCUGAUCCGCGACGCCGCCUACAUCACGGCCGACAACUUCCAGCCGUGCGUCCAGUGUCUGCGCACGUUCGUGGAGGCUGGGCUGCAGGCGCGUCUGGCGGCCAACAGGCCGGCGCCGUCAGCUGGGCCGGGCCGUAAGAGGCGCGGCCGCCGCCGGGACGAGGGCCGCCCCCCGCCGGCCGCCGCCGCCGCCGCCACCACCGCCCGCAACUACGACGCCGACGAGAGCGACUCGGAGGCCGAGCUGCCGGCCGGCUACCACCAGAUCGCCAUACAGCUGCUGGACCUGAUGCACACGCUGCACACGCGGGCGGCCCACAUCUUCGGCUGGUUCAGCGAGCCCAGCCGCCGCGGUCAGCUGGACAGCCUGUGGGAGGGAGGCUGGUGCCCGCUGCUGCAGGGCAUCGCACGCCUAUGCUGCGACCCCCGGCGCCAGGUGCGAGCCAGCGCCGUGACCUACUUGCAGCGCUCUCUGCUGGUGCACGACCUGCAGGCGCUGGCGCCAACUGAGUGGGAGGCCUGCUUCCACAAGGUGCUGUUCCCGCUGCUGGCGAAGCUGCUGGAGCCGUCGCCGGCGGCGGGGCUGGAGGAGACGCGGAUGCGCGCGGCCACGCUGUUGUGUAAGGUGUUCCUGCAGCACCUGACGCCGCUGCUGUCACUGCCCACCUUCACGGCGCUCUGGCUCACCAUCCUCGACUUCAUGGACAAGUACCUGCACGCCGACCGGGCCGACCUGCUGCACGAGGCGAUCCCGGAGUCGAUGAAGAACAUGCUGCUGGUGAUGGAGACAGCCGGCAUCUUCCACACGUCGGAGGGCUUCACCCAGCUCUGGGCCAUCACCUGGGACCGCAUCGACACCUUCCUGCCGACGCUGCGCGAGGAAGUCUUCAGGAACCACCCGCCCAACGAGAUCAAGACGACCGCGAGCGGAGCUGACCUGAGGUCACCGGGCGCCGAGCCGCAGCCGACCGUGGCGCCCAGUAUGAGGGAGGUGCGGCCGGCCAGCCCGCUGCACCACGAGGAGCUGGUGCCCCCGCCGUGCCUUUGGUGA